AUGCUGGGCUGGCACUCACUGCUGCUCGCUCUAGCUGGACUGCUCUACCUGGGAUCAGUCAUGUCCCAGGAGUGCACCAAGUACAAAGUCAGCAACUGUCAGGACUGUGUCCAGUCGGGGCCUGGAUGCGCAUGGUGCCAGAAGCUGAACUUCACUGGACCAGGAGAGCCUGACUCCCUCCGCUGUGACACACGGGCUCAGCUGCUGCAGAAGGGUUGUCCAGCCGAUGACAUAAUGGAACCCAGGAGCCUUGCUGAACCUCAGUUUGACCAACCGGGGGAACGGAAGCAGUUAUCUCCACAAAAAGUGACUCUUUACUUGCGACCAGGGCAGGCAGCUGCAUUCAAUGUGACUUUCCGGCGGGCAAAGGGCUACCCCAUUGAUCUGUACUACCUCAUGGAUCUCUCCUACUCCAUGCUGGACGACCUCAACAAUGUCAAGAAGCUGGGCGGUGACCUGCUCCGGGCCCUCAAUGAGAUCACUGAGUCUGGCCGCAUCGGCUUUGGGUCCUUCGUGGACAAGACAGUGCUGCCCUUUGUCAACACACAUCCUGAGAAGCUGAGAAACCCAUGUUCCAACAAGGAGAAGGCCUGCCAGCCCCCAUUUGCCUUUCGGCAUGUGCUCAAGCUAACCGACAACUCCAACCAGUUUCAGACAGAGGUCGGCAAGCAGUUGAUUUCCGGAAACCUGGACGCCCCUGAGGGUGGGCUGGAUGCCAUAAUGCAAGUUGCUGCAUGCCCGGAGGAAAUUGGUUGGCGCAAUGUUACGAGGCUGCUGGUGUUUGCCACAGAUGAUGGCUUCCACUUUGCUGGAGAUGGGAAGCUUGGUGCCAUCCUGACGCCCAAUGAUGGCCGCUGCCACCUGGAAGAUAACAUGUACAAGAGGAGCAAUGAGUUCGACUACCCAUCGGUGGGCCAGCUGGCACACAAACUUUCCGAGAGCAACAUUCAGCCGAUCUUUGCGGUGACAAAGAAGAUGGUGAAAACAUAUGAAAAACUCACGGAAAUCAUCCCCAAGUCAGCAGUGGGGGAACUGUCCGAUGACUCCAGCAACGUGGUACAGCUCAUCAAGAACGCCUAUUACAAACUCUCCUCCAGGGUCUUUCUGGACCACUCCACCCUUCCCGACACCCUGAAAGUCACCUAUGACUCCUUCUGCAGUAAUGGAGCAUCAAGUAUAGGCAAACCCCGAGGGGACUGUGAUGGUGUACAGAUCAACAUCCCGGUCACCUUCCAGGUAAAGGUCACAGCUUCAGAGUGCAUCCAGGAGCAGUCCUUUGUCAUCCGGGCACUGGGCUUCACUGACACAGUGACCGUGCAGGUCCUUCCCCAGUGUGAAUGCCAGUGCCGGGACCAGAGUCGGGAGAAGGGUCUCUGUGGAGGCAAGGGUGCCAUGGAGUGUGGCAUCUGCAGGUGUGAAUCCGGCUACAUUGGGAAAAACUGUGAGUGCCAGACGCAGGGCCGGAGCAGCCAGGAACUGGAAGGAAGCUGCCGGAAGGACAACAGCUCCAUUGUGUGUUCGGGGCUGGGGGACUGCAUCUGUGGGCAGUGUGUGUGCCACACCAGUGACACCCCCAACAAAGUGAUCUUUGGGCAAUACUGCGAAUGUGACAAUAUCAACUGUGAAAGAUACGACGGCCAAGUCUGUGGUGGCCCAAAGAGGGGCUCCUGCUCCUGCGGCCAAUGCAGUUGCAAAGAGGGCUUCGAGGGCUCUGCCUGCCAGUGCCGGAGGUCCACUGAGGGCUGUCUGAAUACACGGCUGGUAGAGUGCAGUGGCCGCGGCCGGUGUCACUGCAACAGAUGCAAGUGUGAUGCGGGUUACCAGCCACCGCUGUGUGAAGAAUGUCCUGGCUGCCCUUCACCCUGCAGCCUGUACAUCUCUUGUGCUGAGUGCCGGAAAUUCGAUAGGGGCCCUUUUGAGAAGAACUGCAGUGCGGCGUGCGCCAAUGUGACGCUGCAGCUCACCCCUUUGAAGGGAAAACUCUGCAAGGAGCGGGACUCAGAGGGCUGCUGGAUGACCUACACCCUGCAGCAGAAGGACGGGAAGGACACUUACGACGUUCACGUGGAGGACAGCAGAGAGUGUGUGGCAGGUCCCAAUGUGGCUGCUAUCGUAGGAGGCACCUUGCUAAGUGUUGUGCUCAUCGGUGUCCUCCUCCUGGUCAUCUGGAAGGCCCUGACCCACCUGACUGACCUCAGGGAGUACAGACGCUUUGAGAAGGAGAAGCUCAAGUCUCAGUGGAACAAUGACAACCCCCUCUUCAAGUGUGCCACCACAACCGUCAUGAACCCUAAGUUUGCUGAAAGCUAGGGCGAGAGCUGUCAGUAUCAACCAGAUGAGAUCCUUAGACCUCGCCUCCUCCCCUCUGCAACCAUGAUGUGGCUUACAGCUCACCACAGUGCUGCCAAGGACCCAAAGGCCCACUGUUUCUUUCCACCUUAUGUCAAGACUGUCAGGUUUGCCAUGAACUCAUCGUCUGACCUGCACAAUCUUGCCACAGAGCCUUAAGAAUAUCCCAAGGUUCCGCACACAUUUCCUUGUUGGUAAAAGUGGCACUAACGUAUUUAUAUUUAAACUUGUCAGGGUAUAAAGCUA